GUAAACAUGAUGACACCGACCGAUAGCGAGCCAGACGAAGUCGACCAUCAGAAGCUCGUCGACGACUCGGCUAUCCUGGAAAUCAGCUCGUGCUCGCUCACGGAGAAGAGUGCCAAGCCAGAUGAUGCCGCCUCCAGCUACAGCACGUCCUUCGAAGGCUCCGUCGUCGCCUCACCGUCCAUCGAGAGCUUCUCGACCUUUCCGGAUCAGGAGACGUCAGAUUCCAACGUUGACCUGCGAGAUCUUCAAGUCAAAGUCGACAAUCCUCAGAAACAUGUCGAGACCCUCGAGACUUACGUUACGUUCCGAAUCACGACCAAAUCGACGAGACCCGAAUUCAAAGAAGGAGAAUUCAUCGUAAGGAAGCGUUAUAAUGAUUUUAAAUGGUUACGAGAGAAGUUGGUGGAAACUUAUCCAGCUCACAUAAUUCCACCUAUGCCAGGCAAACAUUUCCUUUUGGCGCUCGACCGUUAUUCCAAAGAAUUUAUACUGGUCCGAAUGAAGUUGUUACAUGUAUUUUUAAAUAGGAUUAUUAAUCAUCCUAUUCUGAGUUGUGACAAAAACUUGAACAUUUUUCUCACUGCCACUCAUGCUGAAUUUAUGGUUCACUGUAAAAGCCAAGCUCAGAAUAAAAUAACCGAUUCGCUGCAAAGUUUAAGUACUGGAGUCUUGAGACAGCCGUACAAAGAAUUUGAGCAAGCAAAAGAUUAUUGUGCGAUUUUAAGUGAAAAAUUAAAUACCAUUGACAAAAUAAGUCAGAGAAUACACAGAGAAAGACAAGAUUACACUGCAGAGUUACAUCAACUGCAUCCUGUAUUUACCCAGUGGUCAACUUCAGAACCAGAAUUGAAACAUAUUUUACAGGCUGUUGCCAGUGCGGUUGAAUCCAAUGCAAAAGCACAUCAAAAGUUAUUAGGUUCUAUUGUCAAUGAAGAAAGAGAAUACACUGCUUACGUUGAUGCUGUGAAAGAUGCAUUGAUUCGGAGGGAUGCAAUGCAAAUCGAAUAUGAGUUAGCAACUGAAGAAUUGACAAAAAGAAAAGCAGAAACAGAACAUUUGAAAGAAAGAACAAUCGUUGGUUCUGCAAGUAGAGGUUCGAGUCGUCGAGAAAAUUCAUUUUGGAAAACGGAAACAAAUGAUGAAAAAUUAGAUCGAUUAUCGCAAACUAUUCCUCGAAUUUCUAAAGUCGUUGAAGUCUUACAAGAUAGGCUGGAAUGUGCGAAUGAAAAUUUGCGGAGCGAUUUGGAGCGAUGGAAUGUCGAGAAACGGAAAGAUUUGAAAAAAAUACUUAUAUCAAUGGCCGACCAACAAAUUGCCCACUAUCAACAGUGUGCAGAUGCUUGGGAAGAGGCAUUGUCUGUGGCUAAAGUGAAUUCCAAAAUAUUUGUAUAAAUUU